GCCAUGUGAGCACCUUCAUGAGGGGAAAGGUUCCCAUUUGCCUCUAUUAAACAAAUUAUAUUAUUUUCUCAAUUCUCUAUAAAUACUCACUCCACCUGCAGAAAUUUCCAACUCCUGUAAAAAACUUGUCAGGAGCUAUGGGUAUCCAUUUGCCUUCCAAGAUCUUUAGUGCCAAGCAAAUUCUGAAGGGGCAGCAACCCCUUCUCAUCAGAAAUCAACAAGAAGUCCCUAGAGGCCACAUUGCAGUAUACGUUGGAGAAUACCAGAAGAAGAGAUUUGUAGUUCCAAUUUCAUAUAUAAAUCAUCCUUUAUUCGUAGACUUGCUCAAUCAAGCUGAAGAAGAGUUCGGCUUCAAUCAUCCAAUGGGUGGCCUAACAAUUCCUUGCCAAGAACAAGUCUUCAUUGAUCUCACUUCUCGGCUGCAUGCGUCAUGAAAAUAACAAGAAGGAAAAUAUGAG